AUGACGACGUAUGCAAAGCUCAUGGAUGACCCGAUAGGAAUUACGAAGAGAAAGAAAAACCCGAAAAUUAGAAUAGGAACAUGGAAUGUUCGAGGAACAUAUAGCGAAGGAAAACACAAACAAUUAGUUCAAAAAUUACAAAGGUAUAAUAUAGAGGUAGCAGCUAUACAAGAGACGAAACAAAAAGGCAAAUUCAUCACUGAAACAGACAACUACAUAUUAUUUAAUAGCGGAAUUGACAACAGAGAACUAGGAACAGGAUUCAUGGUGAAGAAGAGCCUGAAAGGAGCAGUAAUUACCUUCAAACCAAUCUCAGAAAGAAUGAGCUAUAUAAGAUUGAGAAGUAAGUACAGGAAAAUAAGCCUACUGAAUAUACAUGCACCGACUGAAGAGAAAGAUCUAGAAGUAAAAACAGAAUAUUACAAAGAACUAGAAAGAGAAUAUGUGAAAAUACCAAAGCAUGACAUUAAAAUGGUUAUAGGAGACGCCAACGCAAUGAUAGGUAAAGAGAAUUGCUACAGUCGGGAAAGAAAGCAAACACCAAAAAACGAAUCAAAAUGGAGAAAAACUGAUAGAAAAGGAGAUGCCCAACUAAUAACCAGAUUAAGAAGCUACAGGGGAGCAGAAGCGAAUUCAGGCCACUUUCUAGUAAGAGCAGACCUCAAACAAGAAAUACCGAAGAAAAAAGAAGGAAAGAAGACGCAACGUGAUAUAAAUGUAAACAAACUUAAGAAAGCUGAAGUACAACAGGAAUACGAACAAAAGAUGAAUGAGAGAAUAAGAUCAAUAGAGCAAGACAUACCUAUAGAAGAGAGGUGGGAAGAACUACAAGAGAACAUAUGGAAGACCUCGGAAGAAGUACUAGGGUUCGUCAAAAAAGACAACAAAAAUAGAAACGAAUGGUUUGACGAGGAAUGUAGAAAAGCAAUAGAAGCGGGGAGGAACUUCUACCAAAACGUGAAAAAAGAGAAAAGAGGCUAUCAACCACGAGUAAUAUACUGUAAAGACAAGGACGACAACCUGAUAGGAGACGAACAAGCAAGAAUAAAACGAUGGGCAGAAUACUUUGAAGAGCUGCUAAACGAACAGGAUACACAGCAAGACACGAACGAAAGAGUGAACGACUCGGAUGACCCAGAUGAAACAAUAGAAAUUGACGAAGGAGAGAUAAGAGAAACACUAAGGCAGAUGAAAAACAACAAAAGUCCUGGUAGAAACGGAAUAAAGGGCGAGAUGCUAAAGUACGGAGGAGAAGCAGUAGCAUCAGAGAUACAUCGACUAGUGCUAGAAUGUUGGAAGGAAGGAAAAAUGCCAGAACAAUGGAGUGAAGCAGUACUUUGCCCGAUAUUUAAAAAAGGAGAUAUUACGAAAUGCGAAAAUUAUCGCUGA